CAGUCGCUCUGGGGCGCAGAGCUUUCUUCCUAGAUCCCCUCAUGACACACUACACCCUCCAGCUUAUCCUCCACUCAGGGCUGGAUGUGUGUGGUCUGAGGCUCCUCUAUCCACCACAGGAGCUCCUGAGUGACAGAGAGGAUGCUGCAGCAGGUAUCCAGAGAACAGAUGAGUUCUGCCAGCCUGUUCUUGCCCUUGCUGUCCGUGGCCUUCAUGCCCACAAAGUGUUGGCAGAUUUAACUAGUUCCUUAGAUCCUCUGCUGCUCAGAAAUACAGAUCUAGACCCUCCCCACUGCAGAGGUCCAGAGUCUGCCCUCUUCUACCCCCCUCCAAAGGCUAGUGGGGUCCACAGGGAGCUGUGCUUCUGGUUUUCAGGAAGAAUUCCAGGAGGAAGUGCUCCGAAUCACAACCGGCCUCUAAAUAGAGUGGAUCCAUCAAAAGACAGAACCGAAGACACCCUGUUCAAUUCAAGCAGUUCACCGUCCUUACUGUGUGCGACAACAAAAGCUGACCUUCUCCUGGUGGUCUCUCCAGCCGUGCCUCCAUGUUGUUUCGCCCAGCUGCUGGCUGUGUGUGAGCUCAGAGGCUUCAGAGUGUUGGGGGUUCAGAGGCUGCAGCUGCAGAGCAGUGGAGCGGCAGCCCUGGGUCUCUCCAGCCUGCAGGCUCCUGUGUUCUGCAGUCCUCUUCCUCUGACCCCAGAUCAGGAUCAACUGGAGUCGCCCUCUCACUGUCUGGUGUUGUUACUGAGGAAAGAAAAUGCAGCGCACCACAGUGUCAGUCUGCCAGCAGCCCUAAUGAGAGAACUUAAGGCACAAAGGCUUCUGGGUAGCAUCCACUCUGGACCUGAUGGUGUUGACACAGUAGAACCAAGCUCCUGGUUCCACACUGUGCCUUACAGCAGUCACCAGCACCACAUCUUUGUCAGGUGUAUGUGGGCGGUGCCAGACCCUUCCACUGUGAUCCUGUCCCAUCAGAGGUGCCCACCCGACCCUGAGGUGGACCAGGUGGUGGUUUUGACCUUGAGUGGGAAGGACAUGAGCCGAGGUCUGAGCCUCCUACACAGAGCGCUGACAGGAGGGCCAGACGGUGAAAAAGGAUUGGAUCUGCUUGCUCUGAAGUGGCUGCCUGCGCUGACCCGGCUGCAGGCUCAGGAGCUGAGUCCGUACGAGGUUGGAGAAAAGCUCUAUAAUGACAGCCUGGACUCUCUGAUGGGCCCCCCCGCCCUCCUGUGUGCUCUCAGACAGGUGGAUGCUUUUGCUUCACUGAGAAACCUUCUACCACACGAUUACCCCGGUAACCUCAGCAUCCUGAUGUCCCCCACACAGGAAGUGGCGUUCAGACAAACCUCCCUCUUCUUCUUCCAGAAUGAGAUGAUUGCUGAGCCCCAGAUGCUGCUCACUGUGUGCCUGCUCAAGCCAACAGUCUGGAAUCAAAGUGUGGCUCAAACCGUGCACACCCUCCAGCUGAGGGGCCUCUCUCUGGUGGGCCUGCGCGUUGUGACUCUGGACAAACACACGGCCUCCUCACUGCUGCCUGCAGAAGAUGACCCUGAUGUGGAGUACUUGUGCUCUGGCCCCUCAUUGGCUCUCUGCCUGCAGGGGGAGGGGGCCGUGACGAAGCUGCUGGAUGUGGCUCAUUCAAACACUGGCAUCUAUGGAUCGGCAUCACAUCAGAAAGCGAUUCAGGAUGUGAGGAGGCUCUUUCCAGAGGGGCUGUGCUGUUCUGAGAGCAGCACAAUGAGACAGGAGCAGAUACUCAGCCUGCGCUCAGACCCUUCAGCCUCUUUGGAGCGGGGGCAGAGCUGCACUCGGGCCUCUGUGGACCAGGAGGGGGGGGCACCUUCCAUGGCAGCGGGACAUAAUGGAGGUCUACACAGCUCUGCCUGGCAGACGACCUGUCUGCUGAUACCCGUAAACGCCCCCCUUCUCAGUGGGGCGCCCCCCCACCUGGAGCUGCUGGAGCGGCUGCUGGGGGGGGGGUGCCAUCUGGUGGCCGGGAGGAUGAGCCUGCUGGACCCUGAGCAGAGGAGACACAUCGCUGAGACCCUGAUGUCCUCCAGAGGAGAGGAAGGGUGGUCCCAUCUUCCCGCGGCACCCUGUCUCAUCGUGGCUCUGCAAGGGAAAGCUGUUGUGACCGGCUUUAACUCAAUCCUUGAAAGUAUUUACAAGGAGAGGACAGACCUGGAACAAGUGGGGGAAAUGAUGAUCUACCCAGAGACUCAGAAAGAGGCCGAGCAGCUGAUGGGCUUUCUAUUUGAUGACUUGUCCACAGAGAAGUGCCAAACAAAUGUGCCAUAAAAUGUAAAAGUAUGCCAAUGUAUUAGUCAGCCUUUUUAUAUAUGUUACGAAAUAUGUAAUUUAAAAUGAUUCAGAACAUAUCCACAUGUUUCCAAGUUGCCGUUCUGAAUAAAGUGU